UCAAGUUUGCGCCACACAUGGCGUCCAAGAACCGACGCCAUCUAACGUCUGGCAUUCCUGUUUUUUUCGUGCGGGUAAAAUCACGGCUUUCUAUAGCGCGUAAGUCUUUAUCGUUUUGUUUUGUAGAAUUCGGUAAGUUAAGUAGAUAUCUUUGAUAAAUCUACUAUGCUAUGCGUAUACCGAAUGAAAUGUUAGCUGAGAAAAAGCAUUCACGCGGCAAAGAAAGUGUGUGGGAAAAUGAGUUAACCGUGUGUUAACGCGCAGUGGUCAACUAUCCGUGCAAGUUUAGCAAAGGAAUAUAUAUCCAUAUUCAAGACGUAAUAACGUCAAGUAUUUAGAAAAAUAUAUUUAAUCAGUGAAAAAUGAGUGCGUCGGCCUUAAAAUCAACAAUACCUGGAGUAGGUACUUCCCCAUCUUCUACAAGCCAUUCCAUUCUUCCAAUGAAUGCAAUGGCACAAAAAGUUGUAUCGGGAUCAGAACCAGCAUCUAUGAAGCCUUUACCAGGAACUGGAUUAAGCUAUGUUACAUUACAACCACCUAAUCAUCCAUCAAGCCAACCUUUAAGCUUAGUACAAGAUCAUAGACCUUCUGUAUAUCAAACACCACCUUAUGUAAGCAGUAAUUCUGAAAAGGAAGACUUGGAUAAAUUAAUCCCUAAUGGAGUAGAGAUUAUGAAAACUGAAACAGAACAAAAUAUAUCUGUUUCCAUAAAGCAAAAUGAAUCUAACAGAAAUAAUAAUUUAAGUCCAGAUAAUCCUACACAAGAUUCACAAAGAGAAGUUCAAACAGAUCAAGAGAUGACAUCUAUUAAUUUAGAUUUUCCUGCAUUAUGUCCACAAUUACAAAACAAAGUUGAAGAAAAAAAGACUCCUGUAAAUAAUGGUUCAAAAGAAUCUGAUGGAAUUCCGAUUAAUACCACUUCACAAACAAAAUUAUCGUCACAUAAGUCAGAAGAUGGGUCAGUAAAAUCUGAUAGUCAGAAGUCAAAAACCAUAACUCAAAACACAAAACUUAUAGCAGAUAGUUCUGCAUUAUCACAAGCAAGUAAUCCACCAAAAAUUGAAACAAAAGUCACUGGUUCACCAAAAGCAAAUAAGAGAAAGUCUAGAGAAUUGAAAGACUUGAAAGGAAUGUCAGCAACAUCAGAUGGAGCAAGCAAACCAAAAAGGAAUCGAAUUCAAACACAGCCUUAUCAGAGUCCAUUACCAGAAAUUGCAUUGCUUGUGAAAAAUUUAAAUAAACCACCACCAUCUAAAGCUUCUGAUGAUAAACUUAUAGUAUUCUAUAAAAACGAAUUUUUGGCUGUGAGAAAUGCAGAAGGAAGUUUCUAUGUAUGUCAAGCAAUGCAAAAUAUAUAUAAAUCUAGCAGGAAAAUUCGUAUACGUUGGCUUUCUCAAGAUAAAAACAAUGGAGAAAUAUAUUCACCAGAUUUUUAUGAUUACAUAGAUUUUGAUUGUAUAUUAACAAAUUUAAAUUUAAACAAAAUUGAUAAAAAUAAAUUUCAAUUAACAAAGAUAGAAUUAUUACGUACAGAAAACAUUUUAAAAAGAGCAAUUGACGUUGAAGCUGGUGUAUCUGAAAAACCUCGAGUGACAGAAGAACAUCCGGAUGGACUUGACCUUUCACUUUAUAAAGAUGAAUCACAAUUGAAAAGAAGAAAAAGUCACAAUUUACAUAAACAAAAACAAAGUUUACGUAAAAAAGCAAAACGAACUGAAAGCUUUUCUGAAGAUGACGCUCCUGAAGAUGAAUCGGGAAAAAAAUCACCUAAAUCGAAUCGUUCUAAAAAACGAACAGUUAAUAAAGCUUUAGCAAUUGCAAAGUCUGUUGCAAAAGGAUCUAGUAGAGCAGAAAGAGCAUUAAAUAGAAAUACGAAAUCUGGAAGCGAAAUUACUGCUGCUACUAAUAGUACUACAACUACUACAGUUACCACAUCUACUACAUCAAUAGAUGUAACUAAAAAUAAUACUGAUAUUAAAAGAAGUGAAAAUAAAAAGAGCACAAAGCAACAGAAUAAUAAUAACACAAGUGGAGUAUCAAGGACAAAACUACGUGCAUCUGCACAAAAUACACAACAAAGUAAUAAAACAGCAGGUCGUCCAAAGCGUAUGGCUGCAGCUACAGGUAUUGUAUCGACCGAAGAAACAAUUCGAAAAAAGCCACGUGGGCGAGCAUAAGAUUAACGUAAUUUACCUGUAUUUCCUGUAUUACAUCUAGAACAGAAUCUGUAUCGUAGGCAAUAUGUACAUGUAGUACACUCUUUAAAAAUUGCGAUCGAUUUAUAAUGUAAUAUAUAUGAUCUCAAGAUUUAUAUCUUAUCAGAUGCUGCAUUAUAUUAUAGUCCAACAAUGUGGGAUCAACAAUUUAUAUAACGAUGCGGCAAAUCGCAUUUAAUGAAAAAAAAGACUCAAAGAUUUAUAAGAGUGAUAUUGUGAUAUCAUAUAAAAUUUGUACAUAUCGUCUACGUUUCAGAUUCUUACAGGAGAAGAAAGUCACGGAAUGUGUAUGGGAAAUGGUACCUUGGUUGAAUAAUAACUAUCUACAGGGUGUCACAUGCUAAUGCACUCUUGCAAUAGUCUAUUUUUGAUGUUGUGAGUGAACUGUACGUGAUUCAGUUGAGUUUAAUGUACACUUUUCAUUGGAUAUGAUAGCUAUGUACAAAUAUAUAUAUUUGGGGCUUAUAAUAUACUCUAUAAAAAAAUAAAAACACAAAAUAAAAUAGAGUACCAGAGAAUGAAAACAAUCCGUGAGUUAUCGAUCUCCAAGUUAUGGAUCGGUAGGUUUAGAAGUACAAUACCUGUACAUUACGCUGAAUCUUUGCUGUUUAAAAAAUAGCAUAUGAAAUGGUCCAGCGCCUUUAUUAAAGACAGGCAGAGAAAAAAAGUGCCCUCAACUGUAAAUCCUUGUCCUGUUGUUGAAUCUAUGGAUUUAUUAAAAAAAGAACUUUAUGGCUGGAGAUGUAAUGUUUUAACUAUAGUUUAUUUUUGAAUCAUUUAUGUCAGUGAAUUGCUAAUAUAAUUCAUUGUUAUAAAAAAUAAAAAAGAUCAUAUUAAUUAUGGUAUCAAACUAUAAUUUAGCCACUUAACAUAUUAUAUUCCUUUCUUAAGAAAAAAACAAACAAAAUAGCACUUAUUUACUCUGAUAAGUCUGGAUUAAAAUGUAUAAACUUGCUUUAUCUAUGUAUUAUUUUAUUUUUUCAAAGAUUAUGGACAAAGUGUAUAUUUACUGAGAGAUAGAUGAUUAUGAUUUACACUUCACCAAAUCUAAAUUCGUAUAUUUUAAUGUAGUUUAUAGUUUAUAUUUUGUGUCGAAAUGUAUUGGGAAUACAAGUUUCGUGUCAAUAUUGAGAAAAGGGAUUUAUGUGAGAUUCAAUUUAUUACAAUGUAUAAUGAACAAAGGUAUCGAGACAUGUAUUUGUUUUAUGAAUUACGAUAAUGUAAUGAUAAUACAUACCUUAUAUAAUUAUUUAUCGUGAAGAAAAAAGUCUUUGGUUUCUGGAAAAACAAAAGGCGAAUUAUAUUGAUUAAAAUUGUAUACUUUUUUGUCAUUGAAAAUUCAGUUGCCAAAGUUGCAUUUACUUAUUUAAUGCAUUGGCCAUUGAACAUUGCACAAAUUUAAAUGAGAAAGUUAUUUCACUUAAAUAAUUUUAUCUAUGUAUGUACAUAUGAAGAUUAGGUAAUCAAAAUUGUGAAAAUAUGCAAAACUAUGAGCGUUUGGAAUUUUGAAGGCUAAUGUAUCUUAUUCAUUUAAUAAUGUAUUCCAAUUUAUUGAGUUGCAAUACAAAUGAUUGUACAACUUUUUACUUCUUAUUUUAGAAAUCAUAGAAUACAUGUACGAUGUACAUAUAUUUCAUAAGCUUAACAACGUUAAAGAUAACUUAAGAAUGCCGUUUAAAUGAUUAGGCAUAUCGACUUCUAUUGAAAAUAGAAUAUAAUUAUUAUAAUAAAUGAAUAAGGUGAAUUUAAUUCUUAAGAUGGGAGAUGAAUAAGAUACCAAUCCUAUCAUUGGUCCAUUGCAUAUUGUAUUUAAAAUAUACACACACAUAAUGUAUAAAUUUAAAAUAUACACAAACGUAAUGUAUAAAUUUAGUAAAGAAAAAAAUUCUAAUGAAGACCGAGAAAUUUGCUUAUCUUGUUAUUCGAUUUUGCUUUCAAAGCAAUGUCACUCUUCUUGGAAUUAGUUGUAUAAUAUCGAAGUAAUUCAAAGGACGGUGCAAAUAAUUACAAUUAAAUAUCAUUAUUAACGUCAAUGAAAAACAAUGUAAUAUAUAAUAAAUUUUCAAGACAAGCUGCACUUAUUAUUUCAAGAAGCGAAAUCGAUUACAACAUGACGAAUAAAUAGCUCUCGAUAUUUUCGUGAGCUAUUUGCAAAUUUAAAACAAAAGUAUAGUAUGAAGGAAACUGAAUCGAAAAGCAAUGAUACAUUUGCGUGCGGGCUGAUAUUUGUUGAGGAUACUUAAAAAAA